UAAUCAUGAAAAUGCGGUUCAAAUCCAUACUAAUGCUAAUCGUAUGCAUAUGUCUGACGACAAUCAUAUACUGUAUUCUGGUGUCCGAUCCCAAGAGGUCGGGUCUGGCGCUGGACUCCAUCAACGCACAGCUCCGGCACCUCAAGGGUGUGGUGAUCAGGGAUCAGACCAUACACUCCAUACACAACAUCUUCAUCUUCAACAAUAACCACAACUAUAAUCACAAUCACAUCAACGCUCAGCCAAACACUCAUACGAUUAGCGGUCAUAAUGAGGACAUCGAUAGCGAAGAGAAUGAGCGAAAGUGCGGACAAUAUCUUCGUGUGUUAGGCCUCUGGAGGAAUGGUAGCACCGAUGAGGGCGCCGGCAGUUUAAGUGAUGACCAGUUGGCCGCUGUGUGGCCGGUGUUUGUCACCGGGAUCUCUGCCGAACAGUACGAUGUGGGCAAAGGCUUCCUCAGGAGUUUCCAAGAGUUUACCACUAAUUAUAAUAAUAAUUAUUCGCUUAUUGUCUAUGAUUUGGGUCUUAAUAGACGACAACUACUCGCGAUAAGCCGUAUUUGCAAUGAAUCUCAAACACCAAACCUGACCCGAAGUGAUACGAGUGCACCGCACCAGCAGCUGAACACUGCCGCCUCCAGUAAAGCCCCUCAAGGGGUGGGUGCGGGUGUGAGCCAGACGUCGUGGUGUACAAUACGGCGGUUUGAUUACGACUUAUUCCCGGCUCACGUGUCGGAUCUCAAACUAUACGCCUAUCGGCCACUAAUACUGCAGUUAGUGCUGAAUGAGUUGGGAGCGGCCGUAUGGCUCGACCCCAACUACUAUGUGAUGGCCGGUGCGGCCGCUGUCUCAUCAAAGGUGCACCGGUUGACCGAUAGGGCGCGCCGGGAGUCGGGAGUGCUGUCGUGGACUAUAGAGCAGCCGACGUCUAGUCUGACGCACCCGAAGAUGUUUGACUACUUCAAGACACACCAGAAUCAGUACUACUUUCACCGAAUGGUCAAACCCUCGCAUAUAGUGCUCUACAAUACGCGCAAAAUUCACGAGCAACUGAUGCUGCCGUGGGUUAAGUGCGCGCUGACCCCCGAAUGCCUGUCCCCUAUCGGCUCGCAGGCCAGCGGUUGUCGUUUCGAUAAGAAACCGCUGUAUCGGUACAGCGGUUGCCAUCACUACGACACGUCGGCGCUCAACAUAGUGUUGGGACAGAUGUUUGACUUCAAUGAGAAGCCGUACGCCGCGCCAGAAGAGGACAAGUUCUUCCGUCUCGUGACCAUCGCUGACGACCAGAUCUACACCGACGACGACAUAACGGCGGACACGGAUUACGGCGUCCAGUCGUCGGCCAGUUAUGGCGUUGGCAGCGCUCGCGUCGGACGCAAUCAUAGCCUAUAGUUUGCGGCGAGAAAUGAAUUCGUGAAUUGCAUUGAAAUUCAUGUCGCGAUUGCUUUAUCGCUGAGCUUUUGGUUAUCGAUUGACGCGUUUUUGUAUCGAUUCUCACAAAUCGUGUAUUGAUUUGCGUUUUCCAGACAUUUGUUAUUUUGGAGACAAGUUUUUUACGAUCAGUUUAUUUUGCAUUUCCUGUUAUUUUUAUUAUGGAUUUGAUUAUGAGAUAUGAAAUCUUGUCUGUAGUUAUAGUUUUCAUGCGAUUUCAAUGCCUCUCUAAUUAUUGGGAAUUUUUGAGAUAAAGUGAAUGAGUGAAUGAGUGAGUGAGUGAGAGAGAGAGAGAGAGAG